UUUUGAAUUUCACAAAUCAUGGUUUGGAAGAAGUUUCCAGAUCUAGGUGGAGCACCGUUGAUUCCAACCGGGUGGCCUGUUUCCCAAGCGGUGAGUAGUGCGUAGGCGGAGCUCUUGAAAUCUAUAAAUACAUUAUACACACCCCCAAGCAAUUCAUCAUAUUAUCAUAUCCUCUGAAGGAAGAAGUUAAUUACCCUUCAAACACUUAAUAUCAAGAGAUGGCUGCGGUCGCCAAAGAGCUACCAAAGGUGUACACUGAGAACACAUGGAUGGAGGAGAGGAACGGCGAUAGGGGCCUGCUUAAAUACCCGAGACAGCUCGACAUUACUAAUGUUGAUGACGGUAAAUCCUGGGUCUGGCACUCCCUGGUCUUGGGAAGCAUCGGUAGAUUGGGGAUGGAGGCACCGAAACUGAUGGGGACGACGCAUGUGGAGAUCCGUGGAGAUUUCAAGAUGUCGAAACUGACACCGGGUCUCAAGUAUCAGGCAGUGCUACUGUGCAUGAAGACUAACGGUAACGAAGGAUGGGAUUCCUGCCCUUUGAACGUAGAGCUUAACCUUCCCGAUGGAACCACACAAAAACGCAAAGUAGACCUGACCAAAUUCCCAACGGAUGAGUUUGUGAUGAUGGUGCUCGGUUACUUUGAGGCCGUUGAGAGCGGCGACAUCACUUUCUCUGUCGUUGACACUUCAAACUGCGUGAAGAAGGGAUUCGUUGUUAAGGAUGCUGCCCUCCGUCCACUCCCCCGUUGAUCUCCUAUAGAUAUUGUGAAUGAACAUUUGAAGAGUUAAUAAUGAACGAUGAUUGAUCAUGAUGAUGAAGAUCGUGCAUUAUAGGACACGCAUGCAAAACCACUAGCUCAAUUAUCUUCUUGUAGUGAUUAAGGUCAUCCAAUAAAAAGAAAUUUAAUCUUAGUUUUCUACGUCUUUAUGUCCGCUUAUUUUUCUUAAAAACCUGGCUUAAUUUC